UCUCUCUCCUGUGUUAUAUCUGUGUGCUUUUCUCUUUCUAGGGUUUAACCCAUAAGAGGACUUCAAUCAAAAUUCUCGAAUGCCUAAGCUCGCUUGGUUUCAUUUCAGAUCUUCAAAAUCAGUUUAAAUUCACAUCUUCGGGACCUGCUAUUUCGCAAUUUGGAGCUUCUGUGGAUGAGUUAAUUUGGUGAUCAGCGCGUGGGAACUCUUGGACCGGGUGGGAUCGUGCACUCCAGAUUUCUUAAUUCUAUUGGUAGCUAGCUGUUUGAGAUGUAUGGUCAGGGUAACUAUGCAACUCAGAGUGGUCAAAAUGCUAAUACGUCUAGGCCUCGAAUGCAGCAGUGGUGUCCUGCUUCUCCUCCUCCUGCUGCUCAGGCCUCACGUCCACCUAUGUUUACACAUGGUCAUCCACCAGGACCACCCCAAGUUGGUCAGCAGAGCCCUCCUGCAUAUCAGCAUGCUCAUCCUGGUGUAUGUCACCCUUGUCUACCUUUUCCAGUUCCAACAAGUGGUAGCGAUUCUAGUCAAUUUUAUCAACUGCCCCCUCCUCCUCCUCCUCCUCCUCCAUCUGCACAAGUUCAUGGAAGCACCCCAAUUCUGCAAUCUCACCAAGUCCCUGUGCAGCAUUCCCAGUGGAAUCCCACUAUGCAUCAUGUUCCACCUUCAAUAUCUCCGGGUGCUCCUAGAGUUCUUCCACCACCUCCACCACUAGGUCAAAUGACUUAUAGAGGUGCAAUUCAUCAGCAAUCACCAGACAAUAUGCAAGUUUUUCUUCAUAAUCUUCCUCCUCCACCGCCACCGCCACCUAAUUUGCAGAGCCCUAGGUUUUUCACACCAUCCCAAUUUGACCCCUCCAUGCAUUUGAGAAACCAUGAUUCUCAUGUACAACCUGCAGUUCCUGGUCCUCAGCCACCUUUGCCGCCUUCACCUCCUGGGGAUCCACCUCUUCCACCAUCUUCACCACCUCUCAUAUCUAUCACUGCAAAUGCUAAUAGUGCUAAAGAUGAGGGGGCGUUUGAGCACGAUGGAGGGAUUGCUGACAGAGAAGGCUUACCAGUAAAUAAGAAUUUAGCCUCGGAUCUUUCAUCUUCUCCUCCUAAGCCUUUAUCACUAGCAUAUCCAGGAGAAGGCUUGUCAGUUCAACUUAUUAAUUCAAUGAACUCAGCUCCGUCUCAUUCAGCUGCUGAUUCUGAUAUGGAGAUGGAAGAUGACAUCACCCAGCUCGAUGAAGAUCAACAAAUCCAUCCUUUGGGGCCUGAGAAGCAGUUACAGGAUAGCUUAGCUGAAGAUAUACUACAUCGAAAUUCAUCGUGCUGUAGGCCCUUGGAAUCAGAGAGACAAAGACUAGAUUCUCCAUAUCGUGCUCCUUCAAGUUUUCAGGAAUCAUCUUCCGAGGCCAAUGGUUUAAAUAGGGAUAAUGAACCCCUCUUGGAUGAUCAUGUGCAGACAUCUUCCCUAGAGAAAAAAAUGAGCCAUCCUAGUGGAUCACCCACCGAUAAGGAGGUUGAUCUUGAAAAUGUUCACAGUCAGCUCAUGGGAGCUGCCAGCCCUUUUAGGCUAAUUCAAGGCUAUGCUUCGGACAAUAGUUUAGACGAUGAUAGUGAGAAUUGUCUUGAAAAUCUUGGCCGUUUGACAGUUCCUCCAUCCAGUGAAGUUGUUACUAUAAUUCCCAAGACCGGUACUGGGAAAUCACCAAUAUCCUCAGUUAAACCUUCUAAUUCUGUUGCCAAAGAUGACACUGAAUCUUUUGGUGCUUUCAAUUUUGAGGAUUCAAUUGAUCAUAGUAAUGGAACUAGAUUAUCUGAAGGACUUCAUUCGGAAAAUGUUUUGGGCGUUAAUGAUAAUGACAACUUUGAUAUGCGUAGGGAAGAUUCUAAGAAUAAAUCUCCUAUACGGAAGGUUGAUGAGUUUGGGAGAUUGGUUAGGGAGGGGGUCAGUGACAGUGAUUCUGAUGAUUCGCGAAGGUAUAAGCGGAGACAUGGAAAAAGAGGAAGAAGCCGGAGCAGAAGCCGCUCUCCAUAUGAUAGGAGGAGGAAGAGUCCACGGAAGAGAAAGGACAGGCGAGAUCGAUCUCGGAGCAUCUCUCCAAAGAGAUACAGAAGUAGAAGCAAGUCACCUUCUAGGCAUGGGUCAACUUCUGGUGGUGACAAAAUGAGAAGGGAUAGAGGUUAUCCUCAACAAUGUUUUAAUUUUCUUCGAGGCAAGUGUUACCAUGGAGCAUCGUGUCGAUAUUUCCAUGCGGAGCUUGAUAAGAGUGAUAGAUCAAGAUCUUACAGGAGCAAACAUCAACACCGAGAUCCUCCACUUAUUUUAAAGGAUUCUGAUAUGCACGAUUCAAGGGAUUCUCAUACACAUGAAGAGAUUGGGACUACACUCAAGAAAUCGGUCCACAAUCAUGGUGGAUCCAAAAGCCAGGAUAUUCCUGAUAUGGAAAUGAAAAAUAUGAAAGAACCUGAACCUACUUCUCACCUUUAUAGAAAAGAGAAUCAAAUGAGACCUGCUGACAGUCCAGUAAUUGUUGCUGAAGUGGAGAAGCUUCAUGGUGAUGCUGCUGGGGGCAUGCCGCCCUCAGUUGGAACUAUGGAGAUUCAUCACUCUGAAGAUCAUGUCUCUGAUCAGAUGCUUCUAAAUGCGGAUGAGAAACCUAAAGAGAAAUGUGAUUCGUCUGUUGUGGAGUUAUCAUCUGUCCAGACAUCAUUCAUGGUCCCACCUGUCCAGCUUCCUCAAUUUGUGUCUGCAAAGGAGUCACGCCCAUCAGAUGUACUCCAGACAGCACCCUUAUCAGCUUCCUUUCCUUCAUUUCCAUUUCCACAGGCUUCAAGUACUGCAUUUGCUCAGCAGAUUCCAAGAGAUCACAAUUGGCCCCCACGUUUUAAUUCUGCAUAUAUUGGAAGUGCUCCUCCAUAUCAAGCUCCAUUUCCUCAUCAACCAUCUCCAUUCGCUGUACCUCUGAGUUCGUCUUGGAAUUCUCUUCCACCACGUCCAGCACAGGCACAGGCACCACACACUCAAUUUGUGAACGAUUCCUCUGGAAAUGCAGCUGGUGUACAACAUAGUGUACCUCGGUUACAUUUUCAACCAAAUUUAGUAGUUCCAAGGAAUGACUUCUAUGCAAGCAUGUCACCUGAUAUUCCUCAAGCUGGUGAACAUCAUGCUUAUGUGCAAACUCAACCUAUCUAUUCUAGGGGAUCACCGAAUAGACCACCAGCUUUCCUUGGUGAAUCUCUGGCUCUUGGUGAACUUCCUGGUCCAUCUUCUAAGAGUUACCCUUACAUGCAACAGCCACAUUCUGGUCCUCAGACAGUUGGUAUUUCUCGACAUCUUGUUGAGCCUGGAGUUAGUUCCUCUGUGUCAAGGUACACAUCUGAUUUGUUAGACCAGAAUCAAGCUCCUCGGUUGCCUGAUUUUGGGGGAUCCAGGUUUUCAAGUCAUUUCAACCCUUAUGCAUCUACAUUUGACCAGCCACUAACAAAGAAAUUCAGUUCGGAUCCUUUAAUACAUGGAAGAGAUAUGCUCCCUAGUAGUAAAUACAGUGCAUUUAGUUUGAGCAAUCCAAUUGAUGGCCAUCCUGCAGAAAGUCUUGGUUCACGAAAUAUUACCCCACCAUCUGCACAUACAGCUGAAGGAAUGUUCCCCCAGCCAGGUGGUAACCAGUAUGAUCCACUUUAUGACAGCAUAGAGCCAUCUACUAGCUUACUUAAGAAGUCUGAUCCUGGUCAAAAGCUUGAAGUAACUGAUGAUUCAGGCAUUAUGGUAAGGAUCAGUGGAUCCAAUGAACCACAGGAUGUGGAAGUAAACAAGAGGCAGAAAGGAGGUGGAACUAUUGCAUUCACCGUAUCCGCAGAAAAUGAUGAAUUUGGCGAGACAGCUGAGGCAGAGGUGGGUGCUGUUGAGAAUGGAAGUCCAAGUGAUUCCAGUGAUGAGGAAGAUGUUCCUACAGGAGAGAUAGAGAUUGAACAGGUGAAGCCAUCAGGGGAGAAAAAGAAAAGUAAGGAUUCCAGAUCUAUGAAGCUUUUCAAGAGUUCAGUUGCUAAUUUUGUGAAGGAGAUGUUAAAACCAUCAUGGCGCCAAGGUAACAUGAGCAAGGAGGUUUUCAAGACAAUAGUCAAGAAAACUGUAGACAAGGUCUCUGGAGCUAUGAAAAGCCACCAAAUACCUAAGUCAAAGGCAAAAAUCGAUCAUUACAUUGACUCAUCACAGAGGAAAUUAACUAAAUUAGUCAUGGGCUAUGUUGAUAAAUAUGUCAAGGCAUAACUAUUGAUUCGUUGGCUGUCCCAGUUGGCAACAUCAGUUGUUCUCUGUGUAUCGUCAUUGUGGAUGCUACUGUGACUGCUUACGAUGGCGUAUGCUUUGAAAUGAAUUCUUCCCUGACAAGCAGUGGUAGUUGCUUUGCUACUUAUUUGGACAAAAGCUUAAUAUACAUGACUGCCCAAAACAUUUAUGUCUGACAACUUUUCCUUGAAUGAGAAACAUGGUAUUUGGGACAACUCUUUGGAGGGGGGAUGGGAUGGAGAGCCAACAUCUACAGUUGAACACCAAAGUGUUUAGACUACAACAACAUAUUUAGAAGGGCAAAAUGUAUGUAAUAAGUUUUGGUUUAGUAUUGUUUCUUCCUAAUAGAUGUAUUGUUUAAUGGGUGUUGUGUAUAUGAAUAUUAAUAGCAAGCCUGUUAUAAAUUUUUUCUGCGUUAUUGA